GGCGGACACUGUGAACGCGCACCAGAGUUCAGCGACUGCACCAGGCGAUGGCGGGAAAUUUGGAGAAGUUCCAGAGCCCCGGGAGAGGAAACGGCCUGCGGGCCAUCAGAUCGCUGUGCCCGGGCGUCACGGUGUUCAAAGCGGAGCCUUACGUCUACACGGUGUGUCAUGGAAAGCAAUACAGAGCAGCCUGCCAUCACUGCCUGCGCAGGGGCACAAAGCUUCUGCGAUGUUCCCAGUGCAAGUUUGCCAGAUAUUGUGAUGUAAGGUGCCAGAAAGCUGCUUGGGAAGGCCAUAAAAGGGAAUGUAUGUGCCUCAAGUGUGUUCUACCAAACGUUCCAACAGACUCUGUCAGACUUGUUGGCAGGAUCAUCUUUAAACUGCUUCAGUCACCAGAUUGUGAUUCCGAAGAACUAUAUUCAUUAUCUGAUCUUCAAUCUCACAUGAAAGAACUAAGUGAAGAAAUGAAAGAUGGCCUGGGGCAGCUUGUGACUACUUUGGAGCUGUACCUGAAGAAUCAAAUACAAGAUUCAUCUCAGCUACCACCUGGUUGCGGCAUUAUUGAGCUCUUCGGAAAGGUGACCUGUAACAGCUUCACUAUUAGUGAUGGGGAGAUGCAGGACGUUGCUGUUGGCCUGUAUCCAAGCAUGUCUUUGCUAAACCACAGUUGUGACCCAAACUGUGUGAUUGUAUUUGAAGGAAGAUGCCUUCUCCUCCGCACAGUCAAAGAAAUCCCAAAGGGUGAAGAGCUUACUAUCAGUUACAUUGAUGUCAUGAUGCCUACACAUCAACGCCAGAGCCAACUUCAGCGUCAGUACUGCUUCACGUGUGAUUGUCAUCAGUGCCUGUCAAGAGAUAAGGCUGAGGACAUGCUGGCUGGAGAUGAGCAGUCUUCAAACAAGAUGCAAUCUUCUCUUGCAAGAAUCAAGGACCUACAAUACCAGGAGUCAGAAGAAAAAGAAGUAUUGGGUAUGUGUAAAGCACUGCUUAACAGCAGCCAACUUCCAGACAGAAAUAUCCACCAGCUCAAGGUUCUGGACUGUGCUAUGGACAUGUGCAUUAAUCUGGGACUCUGGGAGGAAGCUCUGAGCUUUGGCUUACGUACUCUACAGCCUUAUAGCUUAUACUAUUCAAACUACCAUCCAGUGCGAGUUAUCCAGAUAAUGAAAGUGGGCAAGCUACAGCAUUACCUUGGCAUGUUUCCCGAAGCAAUGGAAACACUUAAACAGGCAUUCGAUAUCAUGAAGGUAACACAUGGGGAUGACCAUAGCAUGAUGAAGGACCUGAGAGAACUUCUGGGUGACUGCGGAUCUUCCAUGAAUGCAACUUAGAAGAACGCUUCUAGAAGUAUUUUGCAGUUAUUGUGAAUCCAUACAUUCCUUACAUAGAAACAGUGUGGAAGAAAUCAUAUAUUUUUUCACUAUAGAUUCCUCCCUCCAAAGAAAACUAAACGUUGCCAUUAA